CCUCUCAACCAAGUUCAGAUAUUGUUUGGAUUUUUUCGCGACAUUUUCUUAAGUGUUUUUAGAUCGUAAGGAAGUCUGUAAUCAUGGAGUCAGGUGCUAAGGCAGGAAAGGGCGGAAGAAAGGGAGGAGCGAAGAAGAAGAGCGUCUCUAAGUCAGUGAAGGCAGGUCUACAGUUUCCUGUAGGUAGAGUGAGCAGAUACCUCAAGAAAGGUAGAUAUGCUAAGAGAGUUGGUUCUGGUGCUCCCAUUUACAUUGCAGCUGUGAUGGAGUAUUUGGCAGCUGAGGUGCUGGAGCUAGCUGGCAACGCUGCUAGAGACAACAAGAAGAAUAGGAUCAUUCCCAGGCAUAUCCUUCUUGCUGUCAGGAAUGAUGAAGAAUUGGGGAAAUUGCUGGGCGGCGUUACCAUUGCUCAUGGCGGUGUUCUGCCUAACAUACACCAGGUGCUUUUACCUAAGAAGUCCUCCGCCUCAGAAAAGGAGCCCAAGUCUCCUAAGAAGAAAUAAACUCUAUUGACAUGCCAACAAAAACGGUGUUUUAUAACACCACCAUAAUUCUUGAAUAUGCUAUUCCUUCUUGCAAUGACAGAUUUUUUUUAUCUUACAUUCGAUGAACUUCGAAGCUCGAUAGCUGACAAUGCAGUAAUUACUAAUGGAUUAAAAUUUGGCUUGUUGUGGUUA